AUGCUGCGGCACCGUCUGCGGGGACCAUGCCACCACACUGCCGCCUGCGGGGUGAUUCGUAUUGUGUUGCUUGGAAAGAAGCCAAGCCCUCAACAAGAAAUACACACACACACACCCUUCCUCACUUCCCUUGAAGCCACACCCAAGUAUUGUCACCGCCACUCACCACAAAUGACACACAAACACGAGAGGAAAUCCCACCUUCACUCUGCUCCUCAAACACAUGGUGAGCACCACAAGUGUAUGCNAACCCGUGUCAGCGUCACCUGCGUCACCCGUCAGAAGCACAUGCUGAGGCACCGUCUGCGGGGACCACGCCACCACACUGUCGCCUGA